CCAGGAAGCUAAACUCACUGUUGGUGGAAAGCACCGUAAACAAACUUGUCAUUUCUCGGCUCUUGAACGCUAACUGCGCCCCGCUACCAAAUUUAACAGCUUUUUUUCCUUUACCUACGCGCCCGUUUUUACUGUUGCAUGAACCCGGAAGCGGACGGUUGAAGCCGGGCAGAUUUCUCCGAAAGCGAAGAAAAAAAUAAAAAUGUCUGAUUCCAUUCUGCUUCUCUUCAUCGUCGUCCUCCUGUUGUGUUUGCUGGUGACACUGGUGGUCUUCCUGGUCUACUCUGGUCUGCUGGUGGACGUGGUGAUAAAAACCGGAUCGCCUCCAGUUCAAAAUGUCACCGUUGCUUACAAGUUCAAAGAGGGACCUUACAAGGAGAGCGGAGCGGCUUUCACCGAGCCUUGCAGCAUUGGACCCAAGCAGAGCACCAUUGCCAUCUACUACGAUGACCCCAAGCAGAGACCUGCAGAGAAGUGUCGCUACGCCGUAGGCAGUGUUCUGAGUGAAGGUGAAGAGAAACCAGACGCAGAACUGCAGAAGCUCUACGAGAAAUUUGGCUUCAAGUUGAUCUCUCUGCCAAAAGUGAGCCACGCCGUGACCACCAGCUUCCCCGCUACGACCCCUCUGUCCUACAUUCUGGCACCUUUCAGAGUCUAUCCCAGGCUCUCGGCCUACAUUGAGGAGAGGAAGCUGUCCGCCUUCCCAACUAUUGAAAUUUGUGCAUCGCUUGUCACCAAUUACAUGGUUCCGCUGUCCCGCCAGACGGAUUUCUUUGUUCCAGAGAUGAAGGAUGAAGUGAAAACGGAUGUGAUAGAAGAGGACUCUGAUGAAGAAGGAGGAACUGACAUCACAGGUGCCGACUCUCACAGCGACGUGAGCUCAGGAAGCGGGAGCGUGCCCUGGGACAGCCGAGAGACCUCCUUGGCGGCGUCCACAGCUGCCUCUUUGGCCUCGUCCCUGCCCCUGAGGGACGUGAUGGACGCGGAGCACGGAGACGCCAAGCCCACGAGAGACGGAAGCGAGCCGGGCUCGGACGUGUCGCUGGGCAGCGGCUCGUCCUUCGAGGAGCUGGACGUGGCUCAGGAAGGCGAGGAAGGGAGAGAGGAGGAGGACAAGGAUGCGGAGGAGGAGGUGCCUCAGGCUGGAGACCGAGAAGAUGAUGGACUUUUGGAAAACAAGAAGGAACCUUUGGGAGACGACGGCGAGGAGUAAUGAUGCGGCGAUAAGGGAUGUUAAGUAAAGAGUCUUGCUUGUCGUCGGUUAUCUGUCACGUAAUCUUGGCUGUGGAGCCGCUAUCUUUUAAUUCUCUCCACUUUUAUUAAUAUUUACCUGAAGCCAAGUCCCAACAUUAGCAACAAUCUGAUGACAUCCAAUACAAGAGCUGCCACUAAAAAGACAAUCUUUGUUUACUUGUUCUAUUCAAUAUAAAUAGCACUAUUUAGGAUUAUGAGUUGUGUUCCUAUGUAAUGUUUACACCUAAAUUAUUACAUUAACAAUGAAGUAAGUGACUCGCGGUGUACGCAAAAUGACUUUUCAAAUACAAAUAUCAAACAAGUCAGUAAUACCAGAGAGAAAAAAUUGGAGGACAUCCCAAUAAUGAGAUCAAUAUGUCGCUUAGUCAUCACCAGGAGCCUCUCACAUGUUCAAAGAUACAAUCUUUAUUCAACCCUAUCUUUUCCUAAUCCAAUUUUUUAUUUUCACUUUUCUUUGACGCACUGCCAUCAGAAGAGCCUGCCUGCAUGCACGUCCAUUUUGUAGUACUAUAAUCCUCAAACUUACACAGCUCUCGAAGGAUUGCAUGUAAGCGAGGUAACGUUAAUACAUCUAUUUGAAUUCAACUUCAGUGAAUCAUUGGUGUGUAAAAUAAUUGUAUUUUUAUGAAUAUUUUUUUUACCAAUGUAUUCACUACCACCUAAUGGUGACAUUGAUUAAAUUGUUAAAAAAAAAAAACAGCUCUCGUAUUGAUGUCACAUGAAUUUAAUUUUUUGGUCCUAAAGCCCCGUCUUGACACCUUGGAAACAAAGUACAGCACAUUGUUGUGAGCGUCUGUUGUAAUAAAGUAUUUCAAAUCUUC